GAACAAGCCAGCCUAAAUACUACCAUCUGUCUGAAACUUUUUCCGGCGGGUCAACAUGAGUGUGCACAUGUCCUAGCCCCAGCAGAAGGUUCAUGUGCAUCGAGGCACCUCCUAGCUACACAGGGCGCAUCUGCAAAAACAGGUACAAGAAACCACCGACUAAGCGUGAAGUGUGGCAAGAGGUGCUUUGCUAUGGAAGGUGUGAACGUGCUUUUUCGAAGCAAGCACAGAGGCUACCAACUGCAACUACCUCUUGGUUAGUCGAAGACGCUAAGAAAAAUGGCUAUGCAGCAGGAGGCCAUGUCAUGGGAGGCUGUCCCGGACAAUGUAGGAAUGAACGUGGAGGUCGCCAUGCAGUGCCAAAGCACGAUUGAUGAACACCAGCACCCCGAGGUCGAUGAUCACGUCAGCGUCCAACUUUGGGUUGAGAGUAUGCACUUGAGGAGGGACAACCCUGUUCUUUUCUUCAAAAAUCGAGGCCAGCCGGACAGGCCUGACGUCCUCGACAGGCUGCCUAAGGCGCUUCUCAAGGAGAGGGACUUCAUGCUGGUCAUCAUGACGGCGCCCCAGCUGCAGCUGCUCAGAAAGUUCGGCAUCAACUGUGUCUGCGUGGACAGCAUCUGUGGAACGACGGCCUUCAGCUAUCAGCUUGUCACGCUACUGUCUGUGGAGGAAUUUGGUGCCAGCUUCCCAGUGGCAUACUGCAUCACCAACCGCACCGACGAGAAGGGGAUGGCAAUAUUUUUUGAAUCGGUUCGAUCCAAAACAGGGAGAAUAUCAGUGGAUAUUUUCAUUACGCACGACGCCUCCUCUUUCUACAAUGCCUGGACUGAGGUGAUGGGAUGUCCAGAACACAGAGUGUUGUGUACUUGGCAUGUGAGGAAAACCUGGCGACAGACUCUCAACCAGCAUACUCAGAACAAAAAGCUCAAGGCCUCUGUCUACAGGGAAUUCCAAAAGGUCAUGGACAACCCCUACGAAAGAGUAUUCCAGCUUGACCUCAAGAACUUCUUGGCCUGGUGCGAUUUGAAAGCAGAGACGCAGCCUGCCAUCCGGGACAUCAAACAUCAAGUAGAAUAUAAUUACGCAUACCACAGAAAUGCUUGGGCAGCUUACUUCCGCAGGACAGCUGGAGUUGAUGCAAGCAUGAGACACGACGCAGUGCACAUGAUCCUGACGCAUUGCUACUCACACAAGACGACCAACAAGCGAAUGGACAGAUUAAUCUCGGUGCUGUUAAAGCUGACGAGGAGCAAGAUUUUUGCUCUUCUUCCUAGAGUAAUUAGAAGAAGCAAAGACAGGUUUGACCAGGACACAGAAAUCAGGCACAAAAGAGGGCUAGACAUCUCCAGAAGGGACAUUCACAAAGUUGCUUCCAAGCAAUGGUGCAUUUGCUCCCAAGCAGGCCACGGUCUGGAGUACAUUGUAACACAAUGGGCCCCAUGCAGAGAGCGGUGCAGAAAAGCCUGCCCCGACUGCCGAGUGUGCAUCCACAUGGCAAGCUGCACGUGUCCGGACCACAUGUCGCGGAAUACCAUCUGCAAGCACAUUCAUGCAGUGUUUAAGCCUAAUGACAGUGACACAAGCCAUCUGAGUGAUCGCAGUGACGUGCCCCAUGUCGAAAAUAUGGUACCUGCCUACUACGGGGACUGGGACGAUGAGGAAGGAGUUGAAGACAUGAUUGAAGACAUUGAAGAGUUGGAAAAGGAAGACUGCACUGACGACCGUGACUGCGUGACCAUGCUUGAAGAAAUAAUGGGCCACUUGGUAGCAGCACCAAUGGUAGAAGACCAAGCCACACCUUGGCUUAGGCCUGCGCUCUCCAAUAUUCUAGCAAAGUUGGAGAGAAUUUCACCUCCUUCAAAAACAGACACCUCAGUAAUGAGCUCAUCGUCGUCAAGCCAUGCACUAAGUGAUUCAUCCAGUGACAAAAGUGAGGAGCAGUACCACUGUUGCUCACCCAAAUCCAAAACUUUCGACAUGCGCCUACAAGCAGCUGAGCUAUAUUCCCCUGAGCAGGCUUCUGUCAGUGAUACUAGUCAGUCGGAUACUGAAGAGCAGGUGCACCAUACAGGUUUCGAUCAUGGUUACUGUAGGUACGGUACUCGCUGCUUCACGACCAUGCAGUAGCCAAAGUGAGGCAUGUUGAUUUAUCAUUUUAGUUAUGAUGGCACCUUUAAUUGCUUCAAGUACAACUACUUAUUUAUUAGGAUGCACUCUGUGCCAUUUUACCUUUCACUCAUGUGUCAUGAUUAUAACUUCGUUUUUUUGUUUUACAUUUCAAUUUCUUUUACCAGUGGAACUUGACGUGGUGCAUUCUACAUAUUGUUGGUGUGUUUCGUACAAGUGUCAGUACAAAAAACUUGCCCUUUCAUUUGUGCAAUAUACCUGUAAAAUAUCAUUGCAAUCUAGGUACCUGCACAACCUUCAGACCACCUGUUUUGGUCUUGUUUACUGCUACCUCCCUGGCUACUUUUUAAAAUUGUUCUAUUGGCCAAUUCUUUGUAUCUGUCUGCUUAGUAAAAGAUGUGUUAAAUCUUAGUGCUUAAUUGCACAUGCUUGUACGAUCAAACUUAUUUUAUCAUACUGCGCAAUGACAUCACUGAAAAAAAAAAUUGUCUGGUUUGCUAAACCGGCAUUUCACCAUAUUUGGUUGGUUAAAUUUUUUCGAUCCUAACUCACACGACACGUGCCUUUCACACUGCCACAGUGUUGCAUUUUUAAGAAGUCAUUAAAAAUAACCAAAUGUGCCACUUUUUAAAACUGUAUUCUGCACUAGUCAUUGAAAGGAGCAAUAUGUACUGCAAAGAACGCUUGUUUUUGUACUCUCUGUACAGUUGAUUUUCCUGCAGCUGCUGUUGCAGAGCUCUGUGGUGUUGUUUGUACUUUUAAAAUAAAAUAAAUUUUCAAGUUGUGAAA